GGAUACACAUGACAACUUCCUCUGCUAUGUUUUCCCAGCUUAUGCACAGCGACCAGCUAAAAGCUACAAACAUGUUUUAAUGACCGCAGAAAAGCUGUUUUUGUUGUUUUUGAAAUGUUGGUGCAUGUUAUAGCAAACGCUUAAGAGCCACAGUGAAGUUCUGCCAGUGCCGUAUAAGGACAAUUAACAUUUAACGUCUUUUUUUCUCUGCUUACUCUCUCGCCUAUUGACAGCUCUCCGAGUGGAGCACCAUGGGGAAGAGGUAUUACUGUGACUACUGUGACCGGUCCUUUCAGGACAACAUGCACAACAGGAAGAAACAUCUAAAUGGCGUUCAGCAUCACAGAGCGAAGAAAGCCUGGUUUGACCAAUUCAGAGAUUCUGCUGCUGUUCUCCACGAUGAGCAAAUAAAGAAACCCUGCAGGAAGUUUCUCCAAAAAGGAAUAUGUGAUUUUGGCCCAAACUGCAGAUUUUCUCACAUGUCUGAAGAGGAUCUGUUCAACUUAAAAAGACACAUGGAAGAGGAAAGACAACACAAAGAGGACUUUGAGGACAGAAUCAUCAAUGGGCGAAGUAUAGAGGAAUGGCUCUCGAAAAGGGAAAAGAAGCAAGCAGCUCUUGGUAGCAAAGGAGACUCAAAAACCAAGGAGGACAAUGAGGAGGAUGAAGCAGAAAGCGAUAUUCCUCAACAACUCUUCUCCAUUCCUGACCUCCCACCCUCACUGUUGCCUCCUCCUCCAGGUGGAUGGAGAGUCAGCGCAAGCAGCGAGUGGGGCUGAAGAGCAUUCAUUCCAGGGUUCAAAUCCCAAUAACUAGGUAUAUGAUGUCUUUAGAGGAACAUUUAUUUCAAAGAGAUUGUUUCACAUUUUUGUUUGAGGAUAUGCUCAUGUUUUCAGCUGCUAUAAAACUCCUAAAUGUCUAACUUCAGAUUGAAGGAAAAGGUUUGAGCAAGAAUCCAGCAGACAUAUUUGGAAUCCCCUGAAAUACAUCUAUUUACUAUCAUUUACAUUGCUGUAGCUAAAGCAUAAAAUAUAAGGAAUUUUGAGUUAUUAUGAAGACUAAUAAAAGAAGAAAAAAUUACAAAAUA